CACCGCCCUAGUAACCGUCGGCAGCGUCUCCAGGAGAGAAGGAACAAGAUGGGAUUGCUGUCCAUCCUACGUAAGCUAAAGAGCACGCCGGACCAGGAGGUCAGGAUACUGCUGCUGGGUCUGGACAAUGGUGGGAAAACCACUCUGCUCAAACAGCUGGCAUCUGAGGACAUCAGCCACAUCACCCCGACUCAGGGAUUCAACAUUAAGAGCGUGCAGUCUCAGGGGUUCAAACUGAAUGUUUGGGACAUUGGAGGUCAGCGGAAGAUCAGGCCAUACUGGAGAAACUACUUUGAAAACACUGAUAUACUGAUUUACGUCAUUGACAGCGCUGACAGAAAGAGGUUUGAGGAAACGGGUCAGGAGCUGGCUGAGCUGCUGGACGAGGAGAAGCUGAGCGGCGUUCCUGUGCUGAUCUUUGCAAACAAGCAGGACCUGCUGACGGCAGCUCCAGCCUCCGAGAUCGCCGAGGGCCUCAAUCUGCACACCAUCCGGGAUCGCAUGUGGCAGAUCCAGUCCUGCUCCGCCCUCACCGGCGAGGGGAUCCAGGAGGGCAUGAAUUGGGUCUGCAAGAGCGUCAACUCCAAGAAAAAGUAGCUUUGCGUCUAGUCUUCUACUACUCAGGAGGAGCAGCAACAGCAGCAGAUACAAAUACACACACAUACUGACACACAUCGCACCUCCUGAGCCUUAGUACGAUGGGAUUUACCUGUGAAUGUACACACACUACUAAUCCAACGUGGACUUUUUUAAACUCCCCCACCACCACUUGCAUCGCUGAUGUUUUCUAAUCUUGGCACAUCUUUCUGAGUCGGCCUCUAUGAAGAGGAGGGGCAUCUGCCUUGAAACGGAACCUGUCCCAGGAAACUGAAACCCCCCCUGCUACUCCGUGUCACUGUUCCUGUCCCGGCCGAGCGCUGCCACGACCCGCAGCCUCACGCAUUCCCAGUAAGCUGCUGUCUUUCACAGGAAUUCCAACAUGUCUUUUAAGCUUUUUCACAUGCUUUCCUGGAAACUGAAUCCCUCACUUCCUCCUGCCCUCCAUCUCCUUUCUAUGUAUCGAUGCUUUCUUUUAUCUUUUUUUUAAUCAUUCCACGAUGGCUGUAAGUGCUUAUCUUGCUAAGAGUCUGUUUGAAGUGAGGUAUAUUUUUGUAAUUGCUUUAUUUAUGGUGCAGUAGAGUGCUGUUCUACUAAACAGCUGCUCGUGUGAGAAUCAGUCCAACUCUUCCCUGCUAAAGAAUAAUACUGCAAGUUUUUGUGUAUAAAAAACAAAGAUUAAAUUAAAAAGUAAGAGAAUACAUUUUUGGACCAACUGUAAAUAGUGUACCCCUGUGUUUAUAUGUCAUGGUAUGCACAUAUUAUAGAGUAUUUGUCACCCUGCUGUACUUUAUAGUCUAUAACAUUUGCAUAUCUAAUAUGUGCUAGCAGAUUUCUAACAGAGGUCCAUGUACUAUAUGUUCCAGUGCAUUUCUACGUGCUCCCUGGGUUAGUGAGGAAUUCACUGUUUCAGCAUUUCCUUUUGAUAUUCUUGAAUGUAAUCUGAGAUGCAGGUUAAUGUAUGUGAAUAAAAACAUAAUUAAAGUGUUU